AUGUCUACAUUUCCGGAACCCCUUGGCAGCAUCAGCACAGCGUUGACGACGAUCAACAACAACAUCAACAAGGUUAUCACGCCCAACAUCAACAUCCUCGACUUGUCAGUGCUCACUCAGAUCGGCUCCAUUGUCGCCAGCCUUGGCGUCGGUGGUCCUCUGUAUCCCGCCAUCAACAACGCCUUGGCCCAGGCUCAGAAGUUGGGCACCACUCUCUCGCCUGCCGAUUCUACCCUCCUCAUCCAGAGGCUUAACAACGAGGUCGUCCAGAGCUACGGUGCGCUCCUGCAGGCACUCGACACCAGAAAGUCACAGCUUGGCCAGGUUCCCACCAACGGUCUCUUGGCUGGUCUGGUGGGCGCCACCAACCUUCUCCGAGGGAUUUUCAACAACCUGAACUUGAGUCUGACGAGGCAAUUGGCUCUCAACCAAGCGCUGGUCAAGGUGCUUGACCCUACCCUCCAGGCGCCGGGCAAGGCGGUCACCGAUGCGAUACAGAAUUUGCUGAAGAUCAGCCUCGACCUCUACUCGGUUUAG